GACGGCGGCGGCCCUUCCCGCCCCAAGAUGGCGGCCCCCACUCUGCCCCGCGCCUUCAGGGCCCUUCGGUUCCCCCCCGGGGGUCGGGCCCGGUGUAGCGGGGGGGUCCCCCCGCCCGAUCCCGUUGUUGCCCCCCCGGAUAAUCCUGAAAGGAUCCGGUUGAGGGCUCGGGAGCACAAAGAGCGGCGGCAGCGGCUGAAGAGGGAGAGGGAGGCCCUGGGGGGGGCGAGGCCUGAGGUGCCCACGCCCCCCCCAAAGGCCUGGGCCCCCAAACCCAUCGUGGAGUACCAACACCCCCUGGAGCCCGAUGGCAAGAAGGCCCCCGCUACGUGGAGGCGGAGUGGUACGGAUGGUGGGAGAAGCAGAAGGUCUUCGCCCCCCGACCCCGUGAGGACGGAGACCCCCAAAACGUUGGAGUGGGGGGGGGGGGGGGGGGGAAGGGAAGGGGGGGUGCUCAGCUUGGUGCUGCCCCCCCCCAACGUCACCGGCUCGCUGCACGUCGGCCACGCGCUCACCGUCGCCCUGCAGGACGCCCUCGUGCGAUGGCGACGCAUGCAGGGCUGGGCCGUGCUAUGGGUGCCGGGCACCGACCACGCAGGCAUUGCCACCCAGGCGGUGGUGGAGAGGUGGCUGUGGCAGCAGCGGGGCGUACGGCGUCAGGAUCUGACCCGCUCUGAGUUUCUGGAUGAGGUUUGGGCCUGGAAGGAGAGGCACGGCGACGAAAUCCUUCGCCAGCUGCGCUCCCUCGGCGCCUCGCUGGACUGGAGCCGCUGCGCCUUCACCAUGGACCCCGGCUUCUCGAGGGCGGUGACGGAGGCGUUCGUGCGGCUGCACCGCUCCGGGUUGGUGCGACGCGAUCGGCGUUUGGUCAACUGGUCGUGCGCUCUGCGCUCCGCCGUGGCUGACGUGGAGGUGGAACCCAGACCCCUGGCUGGCCCCACAACGCUGCGUGUCCCGGGCUGUCCCCAUGCUGUCACCUUCGGUGUCCUCGUCACCUUCGCCUACCCCGUGGAGGGGGAUGAUGGCCUGGAGCUGCCGGUGGCCACCACGCGCCCCGAGACGAUGCUGGGGGACGUGGCCGUGGCCGUGCACCCCACAGACCCCCGCUACCAGCACCUCCAUGGCCGCCACCUCCGUCACCCCUUCACUGGGCAGCUGUUGCCUGUUGUCACCGACCCCACGGUGGAGCCCACGCGGGGCACCGGGGCAGUGAAGGUGACACCAGGACACAGCCACCCCGACCUGGCCCUGGCGCGUGCCCACGGGCUGCCCCUGCUCUCCGUCAUCGGGGACGAUGGCACCAUGUGUCCCCCCGGGGGGGGGUGGCUUCAGGGCGUCCACCGCUUCGUGGCGAGGGACAAAGUGGUGACAGCGCUGUCCCAGCGCGGGCUGUAUCGGGGCACCCAGGACCACGCCAUGACGCUGCCUAUAUGCAGCCGCUCGGGGGACGUCAUCGAGUACCUCCUCAAGGACCAAUGGUUCCUGCGGUGUCAGGAGAUGGCGCAGCGCGCCCGUGAGGCUGUGGUUUCGGGGCGUCUUCAGCUCGUCCCCAAAUUUCAUGAGAAGAACUGGAAGACGUGGAUGGACAACGUGGGGGAUUGGUGCCUCUCUCGCCAGCUGUGGUGGGGGCAUCGGGUGCCUGCCUACAAAGUGGGGGUGUCGCCCCCUGGAGGGGACCCCCCCAACCCCCCCGGGCUCUGGGUGGUGGCACGCAGCGAGGACGAAGCCCGGGACGAGGCUGCCCGUCUCUGCCAUGUCCCCCCCAAGGACAUAGAGCUGCAGCAAGACCCCGACGUCCUGGACACGUGGUUCUCCUCCGCUCUCUUCCCCUUCGCCGCCCUGGGGUGGCCCGAGGAGACCCCCGAUCUACGCCGCUUCUACCCCACAACCCUACUGGAGACGGGCAGCGAUCUGCUCUUCUUCUGGGUCGCACGCAUGGCCAUGCUGGGACAGGAGCUCACCGGGCGCCUCCCCUUCUCCCAGGUGCUGCUGCACUCAUUGGUGCGUGACGCGGCGGGGAGGAAGAUGAGCAAAUCGCUGGGGAACGUCAUUGACCCCCGGGAUGUGAUUGGGGGGGCGUCGCUUCAGGAGCUGCAGGAGAAACUGCACCGCACCAUCCUGGACCCCCAUGAGCUGGCAGUGGCCUCAGAGGGGCAGAAGCGCCAGUUCCCCCACGGCAUCCCCGAAUGCGGCACCGACGCCCUCCGCUUGGCGCUGUGCUCCCACAAUGUCCACGGUGACGACAUCCGCCUGGACGUGGCCUCCGUGCUGAACCAACGCCACUUCUGCAACAAAGUCUGGAACGCCGUCAAGUUCGUCCUGGCCGCCCUCGGCCCCCACUUCACCCCCCAGCCCCCCGAGGAGACAUCCCCGCACGCUCCCAUGGACCGGUGGGUGCUGAGCCGCCUGGCGCGGGCGGUGGGCGAUUUUGGGAGGAGGAUGGAAGCUCUGGAGGUUCACGGGGCCACGGCUGCUGCACAGCACUUCUGGCUCAGGUCCUUCUGCGACGUCUAUUUGGAGGCCAUCAAACCCUCUCUCCGCCACCCCGACCCGGACCCCACCACGCUGCAGACGCUGCUGAGCUGCGCCGAGUUGGGCCUCCGUCUCCUCGCUCCCCUCUCCCCCUUCUUGGCAGAAGAACUGUGGCACCGCCUUCCCCGCGCCCCCCCGGCUCCCCCCACCCUCUGCCUCGCUCCGUUCCCCUCCGCAGCCAUGUUGGCCCGUUGGCUCUGCCCAGAGGUGGAGGCGGAGGUGGAGGCCAUGAGGGAGGUGGUCAGGACUGUGAGGGCUCUAAGGGAUGUGUUUCGCCUCGGGGCUGCACGGCCGCGUGUGGCAAUACGAUGCCCAGCGGCCCUGGAGGACGCCAUGUUGGCUUUGAGCCCCACGCUCCAGGCCCUGGCACAGGCGGGGCCUGUGGAGCUCCUCCCCCAGGGGGCGGGGCCGGAAGUGGGGCCUGGAUGGGUGGGGGCUCCCGCAGGGGCCGGGACCCACAUCCACAUCUGUCUGCAGGGCCUGGUGGACCCCCACUCUGAGCGCUCCCGGCUCCACACCCGCAUCCUCAGCCUCCAGCGCCGCCUCCGUGCCCUCACCCCAGGGCCGGACCCCACAUCCUCCUCCCCCCACCAGCGUCAGGUUUGCAGCCUCCACUCUGAGCUCACCCUCCUCACCCUGGCACUGGAAGCGUUGGGACCCCCCCAGGAGGAAGGGGGACCCCAAUAAAACCCCAUAGGAAAAGCC